CGCCGACCAAUUCUGGCUCAGGGGGUCUCACCAACUCGAACGUGAAAACUAGGUACUCCAUCACCUGCCAUAACCAGAUGUGAACUCUCUGUUGGCGCCAUCGCGGCAGCGAGCAUGUCUCCACACGACAUACCUUGGCAUUCAGAUCUCGCACAACGCUUAGCGUCGGAAGCUGACCUCCAACUUGAUCCCAGCCAGUGGGCAGCUCAUGUUGCCAAUGAAGGAAUUAUCGAGGUCUUAUAUGAUGUUUCGGAACCGGCUGAGGCGGAUCACUUUAUUGAGCGGGUCAAGCAGCAGUUGCACAUUUUACGCGAUUUACGACACGAAAACAUUGUAGAGUUUCAGGGGUGGACGGUACAGGAAGAUGGUAAUUUGUUCACUGUAGUCGCCAUCUCAGGGAAAUGCGAGGGUGGUGAGGUGAUGGGCUUUCUUCAUGCACACAAGGGCGCAGAUCGCCAGCAAUUGGUUUUGGGAGUCACUGUUGGCCUGGAUUUCCUACACUCCAAGAAAGUCGUUCAUGGCAACCUUAACCCCGUUCGAUGCUCUCUUCGACUCCCCUGCCGGAUACUUCUCUCUAACUCGCUUGGUUCUCUAGAGGAAAAUUUUCAUCGAUUGUACUUCCGAGCGCCCUGUCGCUAAGAUUGGAGGUUUUGAUCUGUGCUACUUGAGCGAAACGCCUGUAUAUCCUAACGAGGAAUACUGGUCAUUCCUGCUUAUACGUUAUACCGCACCUGAAGUGUUAACAGGAGACGAAGUUGAGUGCGAUAUGCGCAGUGAUGUUUGGUCCUACGCAUGCACAUCCCUGGAGAUACUUUGGGGAAAUCCUCCAUACACCUCUAAGAAUAUCUGGGACGAUCUUCUCAUACCUCAGGCGGCCAUGGAUGGCGUUCCCCCGUACGAACGGAUAAACUUGGAUAGUUUUGAG